AUAAGGCCAUCAUCAGUCGACGAGAAACGGCGAAAAAUAGGUUUACUAGUCAAUGUCCAACAGGAAAAUCCACACAAUGGCUGCUAAGUCGUACGUCGUUUUCGUCGCCGUUUACGCGAUGACCUCCGCCGGUCCGGCCACUGCGAUGCCGUACACGGUACAGGGACUGUCGCCGCAGCACUACGAGCAGCAGCAGCAGCAGCAGCAGCACUACGGAGGCGAACAACACGUGCAGGAGGAACAGCAACACGAGCCCCGGUCGUAUCACUUCCAGUACGCGGUGCACGACGACGUCACCGGCGACGUGAAGAGCCAGAACGAGGUGAGCGACGGCCGCGGCACGGUCAGGGGCACGUACAGCCUGCUGGAGGCGGACGGUUCGACGCGCGUGGUCGAGUACACCGCGGACGACGAGCACGGGUACCGCGCCGAGGUGAAGAAGAUCCAGCCGGAGCACAAGCACGCCGCCGCCGAGCAGCCCGAGUACAGGUUCGACUAUGGCGAGCACAACGGCAAGCCAACGUCCGCCCCGGCGCCCGUCUACAGCGACGAAGACGGAGCACCGGCCAAGCACCGCUACGUGAUCCCGGGAUCGUUCACGCCCGCGCACUGACCGCGUCCACCGCGAUCCCUUAGAAUUCCUCCCUUGCGUUCGUACACGAACAUUGUAAAAUGUACAUAAAUAUAGAUAUAUUUUAAUUGCGUUCUCUCGUCAAUAAACGGUUAAUUAUCAUUGUUUGUUUA